CCGACGGCACGAAACCGGAAAUCCAGUACCGCGCUAGCCUUUUCCUCUCCGUGGCGGCGGAAAGGAAGCGCGAGACGGCUAAGGCUUCCGCUAGCCGAGCCGACUGCUUGUGCCUCCCGGCAGCCUUUGCGCGGCCCAGCCUCCGCCCGCUUAUGCGCAGGCGCGUACUCGCGCUUCGCUCUUCCCUUCGCAGGCAGGCGGUCGCGACGCUACCUCCGCCCCGCGUGCUCUCGCUGCCAUGUCUGUGGUGUUCGUGCCGGAGCGGCUGCGGGGCAAGGCGGAGGUGAACCAAGAGACGCUGCGGCGGCUACUGGAUGAAAAUGAUCAGCUGAUUCGAUGUAUUGUGGAAUAUCAGAAUAAAGGAAGAGCUGCAGAAUGUGUGCAGCACCAACACACUUUGCACAGAAAUCUGAUUUAUUUGGCCACUAUUGCUGAUGCUUCCCCCCCUUCAACGGCAGAGUGAUUGCAGCCUCCUUAGGGGCUCAGAAUUCUCACCUUUGGAAGGAGUGGAGAGUUCCAACUGGAAGAGGCAGCUGGCCCUCUUCUCUAAGGGUGGCUAGAAGUCCAGUGCUUCAUAUGGAUUACUUGUGAGAACACCUGCCCACCCUCCUUUUCCUGAUCAUCUAGUAAAUGCCAGUCUUCUCUACCCUUAGUUCUGGGGCAGGAAGAAAAACAGAACAGCGCACCCCCUCUGGCGACAACAUCCACAUGGUGGUGUAUGCAGUAACUUGUUCCUUCAGGGGUGAUUCUGGUAUAAGAGUUUUCAGUGGAGCCUGGAAUGUAUGAAGAACAGGCCAAGGUUUGACAAAACACUUCCUUUAGCUUAUGCUUCUUUGGCCACCAGUAGAGGGCAUUGCUCAGCUUUAACUGCCCACCCCCUAACAAAAGCCGCACUGGUCACACAAACAUUCCAGUGAAUGGAAACUAUGCUACAAAUAAUAAAAAUUUCUCCACCUC